ACACUGCCAGAGUUGCCAGACUGGCGGUGUGAUGUAAUUUGGUUUUGUACACGGACUCGGCGAAUAAACAUUAAAAUGUCACUUAAAAGCGUAUUUUUAAGUGCUUUACGGCAUGCCCAAAGGCUUAACCCCCUGCAAGUAUCGAGUAUCCACACGGGAGCGUGCUGGCGGAAGGCGGAGGACCGCAAGGAGAUGCUGGCUUCGAUGCCGGCCAAAGACGAAGGAACCGUGGGCGAGAAGUCCGUGGACAUAGACAACCUUAUCAACCGCAAGGCCAAGUUCUUUCCGGAUGCGAGCACCUCCAGUCAGCUGUUCAACGGCAUUCCCUUCAACGAGCUGCCCAUCUGCAACAUUCGCGUGUCGCCCAACAACACAAUCAUUUCCGUGACGGACUACAAAGGUGUCCUGCGACUGAUACGCUCUUGUGGCAUUGAAGGAUUCAAAAACACCCGCAAGGGCACCAACAUUGCCGCUCAAGCCACCGCUGUGACCAUCAGUGGAAAAGCCGUUGAAUUGGGUUGGAAAACAGUGCGCGUGAAGGUUCGUGGUCUUGGCCCUGGCAGAAUGUCGGCAAUCAAGGGACUGCAAAUGGGUGGCUUAAAUAUUGUGUCCAUUACCGACAACACGCCUGUUUCAUUCAAUCCUCCGCGACCACGAAAACAGAGGAGUCUUUAAUCCAAAACUUGUUGAGCCAAUACAAAUAGCAAAUAAAAUUGAUGUUAAUUUGGAAUGAAAA